GCCCGACGUCAUCAGCAUCCGGGUGUCGCUCGGCAGGUGCGCCGCCGCGGGAGCCCGCGCCGAGCUGGGCGCCGUCCUCGCCCUCGCGCGGCGCCUCCUGGCGGCCCCCGGCCAAGAGGAGGGCCGGCCCGGCCCGGGCGGCCUCAUCGUCGCCGCCAACGAUGAUGCGCGCCCACGCGGCCCUGGACAGCUCGGGCUGUGCUGCCCGCGGCGGCCCCUGCGGCCGGCGGUCGCUGCGAGCGGGCAGUGGUUUCGGGGAUUCCCCCAGGCCUUGAGCGGGACUCAGGUGACGCGCGCGGAGUGGGGCACAGGUCGCGCUGGGACGCUGUCGAGCAGAUGCUUUUUGUCAGCGCCUUUUCCUGCUUUCUCGGGGGGCGGACUUGGGCCUCCUGCCCUGACGCGUCGAUGA